GCGACUACUCUAGUAACUGGACAUAUUUUGAACGAGACGCACUUUCGUAUGAAAGACGUUUCUGACUUUAUGGCCAGAUGUCCGUGUGUAACAGCACAUCAUGUGCAGGGACACAUGAGCACGCACGCGGCCGGUUUGUCGCUUGAACGGUGGCGCGCGCUUCCUUCUCAGAUCAGCUGACUUUGAGCAUGCGGAAGAGGUUAAUUAGAAACGUUAGCUGCCGAGAAACCGGGAUUUAAAGCAAACGAAAAAGUUACAGUUUACAAAGUCGAAAGUUUCUACUAGUGAAAGUGUAGAAGUGUAGGUUUGUAGCAGGUGUGCUGUUGAUGUUUAGACGUUUCCGAGGUGUCAGCGAGCUGGAAUGGCACACAGCGAGGCAGGGGUUGUUGUGAAUGGAACUCAGGUGUCCUAUAUCGGACAUGAUUGUGAGCUCAUCCCAGAGUUUCUUGCAGCUAAGUAUGGAAGCUCUGCAAAACGACUAGAUCUUAGCUUCAACCAACUCAGGUCACUGACAGGCCUGAAUGCGUUCAGCCAACUGGAAGAGCUGAUUGUGGACAACAAUCUUCUCGGAAAUGACCUCCGGUUGCCCAGGUUACCACAGCUCCAUACCCUAACACUCAAUAAGAACCAACUCUCAGAUAUUGAAGAAUUGCUUGAGCAUUUGCAGGAAGUGACACCAGCUCUAGAGUACCUGAGCCUGCUGGGAAAUGAGGCCUGUCCCAAUCAGCUGGUCAGCCUGGAUAAAGAUGAGGAUGAUUACCAGAGAUACAGGUACUUUGUGCUGCAUAAACUGAGGAACCUGAAGUUCCUGGACAGCAGGAGAGUGACUCAGAUAGAGCAUCUGGAGGCCGUGGCCCGUGGCGCAUUCAUGAAGGUGGCCAAGCCCAAAACUGAGCAGGAUCUCAGUGAUCGCAGAUCAGACACCACUUCUAUGCCUUAUACUCCUCUACCAAGAUCCAAAGAUGCAAAAAACCCAAAAGGGGUGUUUGCCAAGUGCCGUUACGUCUACUAUGGCAAGCAUUCAGAGGGCAAUCGCUUCAUCCGCAACGACCAGCUCUGAUAAACAGACGGACAGGCCAGGACAAGCAGCGGAGCUUUAUAAAGAUGUCUUCCUGUGUGUCUUUAUUAAUAUCCACAUCACCACGUGCAUUUUAAGCAGCUGAACACAGCCCUCUAGUGCCUUCUGCUGAGUGCGCCAUCCCUGCCACCUCUCAUCUCUCCCUCACUGCCUGAGCCAUGCCACUCACUCUGACAUUAUUGCCUUUAAGCAGCCCUCACACACACACAUACACACACACACACAUACACACACAUCCAAGUGACUGUGCUGACAGCUACUGCUUCAUGAUGGAUUGCCUGAUCCAACUGCUACACUCUGCAGGUCAAAGGUCACACCUGAGGCUGCAGUGUGCCCAUGAGGACACACAGGAUGAGCCCUCCUCAAAGUCAAAGCUAAAGUUAAACACACACACACACACACACACACACACACACACACACACAGACUGUUCAUUCCACUUAUUCACAUCACUCAAUUUCUCUUGAUACAUGUAGUAUACAAAAACACAGCAUUGUACAUGACUUUAUAGAAUUCUGCACUUUUUUUGAAAAAAAAAAAAAAAACGUAACUCA